CACACCCCCAACCUACUACUCUGCGACACCCAUGAGCCAGAAUCCUAAUUAUCUUCAGAGGGCCUUGGUGUUAUAAAUAUCAGACAUUCAGCGAUGGCAGCCACGGUCGAUCUACCAUACUUUGCAACCGAUCUACCUUCUCCUCUUCCCACAGAGGCCGAUAUCGAUGCAGCCGCGGAUAUAACAUUAGCAUACGGUAGUCGAAGAGUGGUCGCAAUCGGAUCUCAUUAUGUGAUUAAAUAUGGAAGGGGCGUGGACCUCAUCGAAGGAGAAAACAUGUUAUAUGUUCGAAAGAAUACAAGAAUUCCAGUUCCUCGAGUUUAUGCGCUUUUCUCUCACCCGGAGACUCGCAAAAAAUACAUCGUCAUGGAGCGCAUUGCUGGUCAGACACUACUAUCACUAUGGCCGCAGUUAAGCCUUUCAGAAAAUGAGACUGUUGCGGCAACACUGAAAACGUACUUCACUGAAUUACGCCAGCUAUCAUCGCCUGGCUAUUAUGGGAGCUUGGGUGAAAGAUGUUUAUACGAUGCUAUAUUCUGGACGCACGGAUCUAAUCCGGAGAUUAAUGGACCUUUCACCUCACAUGAGACUCUUAUCGAGGCGAUGGCGCUAAAGUAUACUUACGAUGGUCGCCCGGCCUACAGAGCAGACUUUUAUCGUCAGUGUCUACCUCGUGUCCUUCACAGCGAUGGUUCGAUAUUUACUCAUGGCGACUUUCAAAGAAAAAACAUCAUGGUCCAGAGAAGUGUGGACAGUGCUGGGAAACCGGCAGCACUACAGGUUAUUGUCAUCGAUUGGGAAAAGUCAGGCUGGUAUCCACGCUACUGGGAUUAUUGUUAUGCUAUUUGCGUACUGCGGUAUGACGACGAUUGGUGUCUUUGGCUUGAGAAUAUGUUGGAGCCAUUUGCUUGUGAAUCUGCUUGGUUUCAUGAUAUCUUUUUGGAACUGUGGUCUUGAAUCGGGAUACGUUUUUGCAGAUGAGGUGAUGGGGUUAGUAAGGAGUUAGAAUCUCUUGUCUUUUUGCCCUUUAUGUCUCCC